CUUUUCACCUCGUCUAAGUCUCUGAGCAUUCAUGUCCUCUCCCAGUGAGAAUAGGUUACUGUUACUUUCAGAGUUCGGCGACGCUACGCUCUCUGCCUACGGUGCUUCCUUGAACACCAAUGACAACCCAGAGUCCAUCUCCAGGAAUGUGUUGGAGAGAAAUAUUCUGCGAAAGCUAGAUUUCAGAACAGCGUAUCUUGUUCUUAUCUACAUUUUGAAUCAGAUGGAUCGACAUAAUGCUGCCGCUGCAAGGCUUCGUGGUUUCGAGGAAGACCUCGGCAUGAGAGGCAAACAGUUCAAUACGUUGAUCAGCAGUCUAUACAUAGGUUAUUUGUUCACGCAAACACCUUCAAAUCUUAUUCUCACUCACAUAGCGAAACCAUCGCUGUAUCUGUCAAGCUGUGUGUCACUAUGGGGUCUCCUGACCACUUUCAUUGGAAUAUCCACGAACUACUACCAAGCACUUUUCCUACGCUUUCUGAUAGGAUUCCUAGAGGCUACCUUCUAUCCCGGUACUGUCUAUUUGCUUUCAAGAUGGUAUAAACGAGAAGAACUUGGGUACAGGGCCGCGUUCUUCACAGCAGGAAUUGGAGUUAGCAAUGUUUUUGGUUCUUUGUUUGCCUCCGGAAUUCUGGCGACCAUGGAGGGCGUUCUCGGCUAUGCUGCCUGGAGGUGGCUGUUUUUAAUAGAGGGCUAUUUAACAGUUUUUGUCGGCGUCUGUGGGAUGUUCAUACUUCCUGACUUUCCUUCGGGCUCUGCGCGUUGGCUCACUCCUGCAGAGCAUGCUCUUGCUCGGAAGCGAAUGGAGGAAGAUUCAGAAGGUCAUGGUGCCGCUGAGCCUACGUCAUCCGGCCGCUUUUCUGAUGUCCUUUCAUUGGUGAAAGAUCGGAGAGUGUGGUUGGUUGGUACGGCAUUGUGUUGCUGUAAUACAUCUCUGUCCUUUAAUAUGUUCUUUCCAACAUUGGUGGCCACAAUGGGGUACUCGCCUACCAUUAGUCUUCUGCUAUGUGCACCACCGUGGGUUGUGAGCACAAUUACCGCAAUUAUUGUUGCACGUCAUUCUGAUGCGACGCGUGAACGCUUCGGGCACACGGCCUUUGCGUUGUCGAUGUCAAUUACGGGAUAUAUUCUAGCUAUGUCUACGAUGAAUAUCACCGUUCGCUACCUCUCAUUGUUUGUCCUGGCUCAGUCGCAGGUCUCAAAUGGUGUCUUGUUAACGUAGAUCAGUAACACAUUCGCUCGUUCCAGCUCCAAGCAAGCAAUUGCAAUUGGGCUCAUUCACUCCAUUGGAAUGUUGGGAAGUGUCCUAUCGCCGUACAUCUGGGUAUCAAGCUGGGGCCCGACAUAUAACAGCUCGUUCCGCAUCUGCGUUGCGUUAGCCAGCAUAGCUAUAAUACUGUGUUGGAUCUUUAGACAGCAUCUUGAGCGGUUGAAUAAAACUGCCGAAGCGGAAGAGCGUGAGCUGCGCCUUCCUAAAGGUUAUAGGUACCUAUUGUAGCUUGUCGUGGAGUGUACUGGUGACCAUAAAG